AGAGCAUGUUGCACGUCUUGUAUGGAAGCGCGACAGGCACCGGUCAGGAUGUGGCCGAGCAGAUCGGCCGCAUGGCCACCGCCAGGCACAUCCCAGUGAUCGUUUCCUCUAUGGAUGCAUUCGACAUUCACCAACUGCCUGCGCUUAGCCAUGUUGUGUUUGUCGCGUCGUCGACAGGCGACGGCGAAGCACCUGAAAACAUGACGAGCACGUGGAAAUUCCUUCUGCGGAAAAGCUUGGCGGCAGAUUCGCUACAAGCUAUGAAGAUGGCUGUGUUUGGCUUGGGCGACUCCAGUUACGCUAAGUACAAUGCAGUCGCCCGACGCCUGCAUGCCCGGCUGCUUCAACUUGGUGCAGUCGACAUCAUCGGCCGCGGCCUUGGCGAUGACCAGCAUGAGCUUGGCUAUCACGGCGCAUUAAACCCAUGGCUCGAUAAGCUGUGGUCGGCAUUAUUGCAAAUGGAACCCUUCAUUCUGCCACCUGGUUUCGUCGUUGACGACAGCCCAAAGCCAACGCCACCAAAAUACGUUGUACAAAUCGUGACCGACGGAGCUGCCCUUACGAACGUGCCUGACACUCGCCAUACGUUUUACGACCAACCCAAGACUGCAUUGGAUGGCAGUCACCUCAUCCAAGCCACGUUGACUAAGAACGAACGACUCACUGCCGCCGACUGGACGCAGGAUGUUCGCCACAUCGAGCUGGCAUUGCCCGCGUCGUCACCCACGUACUCUGCUGGCGACAUUGCACUCCUAUAUCCUGAAAAUGUUCAAACCGAAGCCAUCGACUCGUUUUUAAACAUGACGUUGCAAUUGCCUCCCUCCACGCAACUGUUCAUCCGCCGCAUUGAUGGCAAACCGUCUGGCCUGCCGUCGCGGUGCACGGCAGAAGAGUUGAUGCGACAGUAUUUGGACGUGUUUGGGACGCCGCGGCGAUCGUUCUUUGAGCGGCUCUCGCUUUUUACGCAAGACCCCGACGAGAAGGAAAAACUCAUGGAGCUCAGCGCUCCGGAAGGGGCGGAUCUCCUGCAGGACUACUGCGCUCGCGAACGCCGAACCUACAUCGAGGUGCUGCAAGACUUCUCCACUUGCCACGUGCCGUUGGAGUUCCUCGUAGAGUUGAUUCCGUGCCUGGCGCCGCGCGCGUAUUCGAUUGCAUCGUCGCCAAAUGUGCACCCUCGCCAGGUGCAUUUGACAGUGGCGAUCGUCGAUUACUUGACGCCAUACAAACGACACAAGAAAGGCGUGUGCUCCGCGUGGCUGGAAAAGUUGGAGGCCGGCGCGACCGUCCCAAUGAGGAUCAAGACGGGGCUUUUCCGCCUCACUUCAGCGAUUCAUUCGCAAAAUGUCAUCUUAAUCGGACCAGGGACCGGCAUUGCAGUCAUGCGCGCCAUCGCCCAAGAGCGCCAGGCCCAGCGCACCCAUGGCACGUCCGUCGGCGACACGCAUGUCUACUUUGGGUGCCGCCAUAGGGACAAGGAUUUCUUGUACGGCGACGAGUGGGCACAAUUCGCGGAAAGUGGUGGUAUCACAUCGUUCAAUGUGGCGUUCUCGCGCGACCAGGAAGACAAAGUCUACGUGCAAGCCAAGUUGGCGGAGCAAAAGGCAGCCGUUUUUGCAGUGCUUUCCCAGGGCGGGUAUUGCUUCAUCGCGGGGUCGGCGAAGCGCAUGCCGUCGGAUGUGUACUCGAUCAUUAGGGACAUCAUCGUGAGCGAAGGCCGCGUGUCUGGCAAGGAAGCGGACGCUAUGAUGAAGUCACUAGUCCGACAGAAACGCUAUAUUGUCGGGUCAUGGUCGUAAUGCUGCCGACUUCGAUCGAACCACUUGAACAAUGCAGGCCAUUCAUACCUUGGAGGUAAUAGAGCGGUAAUUGUAGUUGUGGUUGCAC